AUGAGUUCAUAUUACGACUUAGAUGAUAUCCUAGCUGAUGCUGAAAAACUACCUUGCUCAUUUAACCAUACAGUUCCCGGACUUGGCUAUCUUGAGGGUAAUCCUGGAAAAUCCAUUAAGCAGGGGACAAAUAUCGAGCUUCCUAUUUGGUUAUGUGGCGUUUUGGCUGUUAUCCACACACACUCCAGCUCGGCAAAUACUGCAUCUGCCGCCUCGCAAGACGAUGAAACUCCAUUUGUCUCCUUAAUGGACCCUGACUUUAUAAACGAAAAAGUAAAGAAUGCGCUCAAAUCAGAUUCAACAAGUUUGGAUCUACAUAAAUUGAGUCCACAAUAUUACAAAAUGGUUGAGCGAUGGUGUAAUUUGUUUGAGGAACGAGAGUUGGUUGAAUUGAUCAUGGAUUCAUUAAAACUGCGGAGUUUCGAAAUCAAUAAUUAUGCAAGCAAUAUAGCUGGAAGCAGCGGAGGCAAGGGGAAGCAUUUCAAUAACGAGUUUAUUUAUACAUUGGAUGAGUUUGAAAAAAGAUUAUUUAAAGAAACAGGAGAAAGUCAUAAACUAAUGAGACAGUGGUUGAAAGAGUAG